GUCAGACUCUCCCGGAGACUUACCACAAAUCGGGCCUUGUUUUAAGCGCUUGACUACCAGAAAAAGCCCGGUUUUUAUGUCUCGUUUUGCUUUCGCUUUCGUUUCGACCUGAGCUGUAUAUAGAGUCAGCAUGGCAGUAUGAUACUGUACCAUGCCUCCUAGCUACCGGGCCACAAUUUCCCAAUAAUAGUUCUGUUUUACGAUCUCAAAAUUCCCUCCCGGAGUCAUCCAAUUUCAACCCCGAUUUUCGGCAUUUACUCAGGGCUCAUCCCGAAUUCAGCACCCUUCGACGCCGAUCGGCAUGGAGAUUGCACCGUGGCCUGCAUGUGCGCCCGCUGAUGAGCUGGGCAUCUCCAGUCCAUGAUGGUAACAACCCCGGAAAAACAAUGAAAUCGAAGUUCUUGGUGCUAUAUCCAGACCCGGCCAAACUCGAUGCCAUCAUAAAAAAGGCCAAUGUACAGCACGCAAAAAACGGGCCCUUUCUGGCCAUUGUCUUGUUGGGAUGCUGUCUUCCUGCAGAGUCGCCAGUCACGAGUCCCGAUGCCCCCACGUAUUUCUUCGGGAAGUCCGAUGAAGAGGGCAGUUUUGUGGAUGUAUCUCCAAACUUCACAUGUGUAACGAGCCGGAAUGCCCUUUUGAAGCUUGACAGCGGGGUGACUUUAGCAUUUCUCAAUGAGACAUUGGCCCUGGCCAACGAAACUGACAUCUCCAUCAAGGCCGACAUUCUUUUCUCGUACAACUGGCCUUAUUGCAUCGCAGCCGACCAACGGCUUACUUUGGUGGGUGAUCGUGCUGUUGACGUUGUCGUGAGGCAGUUGCAACCAAGGUACCAUUUUGCGGCAGGCUCGGAAAUGGGCAAGGCUCACGAGCACCCUGUGGUAGCCUGGAGCCCGAAACGAAGCUACCGGUUUGUUUCAUUGUCACGCGAAGGGACAGGAAGCAAAUGGUUCUAUGCUUUUGGUAUAGAAACGGGCGAUGACGAAGUGCAGAUGCCAUCCGCAAAUCCAUUUCUAGAGGACCUAAAACGACCCAUAGAAGAGGAAAACGGGGGCCCUGCUACAAAGCAAUUACGUUUGGAUCUGAGGGAUGGGAACGACGAGCCUGUCAAGACGCGGACCAAAACAGUAGCCCCAUCCGAAUGUUUUUUCUGCCUCUCCAACCCCAGGCUCGAGUCUCACAUGAUCGUGUCUAUUGGUAAGUUCUCAUACUUGACUGUCGCCAAGGGGCCGUUGACCAUGCCGACUCGAUCAUUGAAUUUCUCCGGGCAUGCGAUCCUCAUCCCGAUCGACCAUACCCCAUUGCUUCCUGACCUGAAGGACGUCAGGCAAGAAAUCGAGCAAUACAUGCAAUCUCUUGCAGAUGCGUUCGCUAAGAAUGGAUACGACGUUGCUUUCUAUGAAAUCAGCCGCCCUGAAAAUGUGCAUUUUCAUAUACAGAUGGUGCCUGUACCGCGGGGUCUUAUCGGUAAAACAUUCCAGAGAGCUCUCGACGAGAAGAGCCGCAUCAACAAUGAAAGUUUCGAGCACCAUUCGAAGUUGCACUUCAAGAAGUGCCUGUCUGAAGAUCCAGAGCUUCAGGAGUUGGAAAAUGCAGACAGGUUCAUAAAGUUCACGAUUUUUUCCGAAAAAUCGAAGACCAUGUACAUCACCUCUUUGGAAGAGGGCAAGGGCUUGGACUUGCAGUUCCCGAGAAGAGUCUUGGCAUUUCUCUUGAGACUCCCAAAAAGAAUCAAGUGGGACAGAUGCCGCCAAUCAAUGAGCCAGGAAACCAUCGAAUGCCAGAAAUUCAAACUGUUUUACGAGGGAUUCGAUUUCACCAAAUAAGACGUUUUGGGGGUGUACGGUAUGGAUAGUUGACAACUACUAUAAAUUCGGCCUUUCACUAUUGCAUCUUGAGCAUGCACAAGUAAAAAACCACUCGCUGAGAAUCUCUUGUCUCUCGGUCACAGAUUCGUCGCCCUUUAUGCCGUAACUUAUGCACAAUUCCUCGCCAGGUAAUAUAUCUCUCGACGCAAUGAAUUCAAAACCAGCACCCUUGCGCACUUUUUUGAUAUUGGAAGCGCAUGAAUGAUUGAAGAACGAGGCCGAAGGGUACAUGCCGAAUCCAAAGUACUCCUUAUCCUCACUCUGCGAGACCGCAGACCAAAUUCCAAAUGCGUUGGUGAGGUUGCGUCCGAGAAUGUUCCGAACAUUUUGCGGGGUGACAAAUUGCAACCAGCUCUCGGGGGCCACCAAACGAACAAAUUUGAAGAUGUUUAAAUAGGACAGUAAGAGAUACGGAUACCUUUUGAC